GAUUGUGAGGAAAAUAUUACUUUGGGGCCUAAUGUGCAUAUUCUGAACUUGAGGGACUUGAAAGAGAAAGAAAUUGGAUAAGGAUGGCUGAUCUUUUUCUCCUUUUCCUCUUUCUUUCUUCAGCCGCGUGUUUCUCUUUUUUUUCUUCUCCUUUACAGCCGGCAAAGCCUCCAAGCCCGACAGCACCUCUCUUGGGAAAAAACCGAAAUUUCAGAUCUGCUGCUGCCUUCUCCUUCCUUUUGCUGCCGGUUGCUGCUGUGGGUGGUGGGUUCGGUUUUCUAUUCGUGAGUCCUCUGCACUGCCGCCGGCCUUCCCCCAACUGCAGCUUCGGUUUUUGCUGCUAAAUUCUGCCGCGUGUUUCUCUUCUUCUUCUUCUCCCCUGCAGCCGGCCAAGCCCCCAAGCCUGACAGCACCUCUCUUGGGAAAAAACCGGUAGAAAGCUUGAAAUUUCUCCUUCUUUCUUGCUCAAUAACAAGUUUUAGGACUUAGAACUCUCUCUCUCAACCCAGAAAUUUCAGAUCUGCUGCUGCCUUCUCCUUCCUUUUGCAGCCGCUUGCUGCUGUGGGUGGUGGGUUCGGUUUUCUGUUCGUGAGUCCCCUGCACUACCGCCGGCCUUCCCCCAACUGCAGCUUCGGUUUUUGCUGCUAAAUUCUGGUAAGUGGCAGCUCCAUUUAAGUCCUAAAUUAGCCAUUUAAUUGUUGCCAUGUUGAGUUUUAACGGUUGAAUUGCUGCCCUAUUGUUGUCCGAAAUUUCUGUUGGGAAUAGGAGGGGAUUCGGCAGCAAAUGGGACCAUGAUUUUGCUUAAUUCAUGUAGAAGUUAGUUUAAGUAGGCUGUUGUGAUGUUUUGG